AUCACAAUGUGUAUUUUGAUGAUAAUGGAUGUGCUAUAUAAAUCAAUAUCACAAUCUAUUCAAGGUACAAGGCUCAGAUUAAUCCAGUGCUGUCUUGGUUUUUCACAGCUCAGGCUGUUACGUACUGCGCGAUAAACAGUAGUUUGUUCUCUCAGCGCUUGUUUGAGAGUUCUUGCAGCCUAUCGACCGGGCAGAAGUUUGGAAGUGGGCGUGGUUAAUGUGGAAAAGUGGGAAUGCCAUUGAGUUUACAAUUUAUGUGAGUUCCAUAGACUGUACAAAUAUAAUAUAUGUAUAAUAUGUAUACAGUAUGUUGAGUUCCUUGAUGCUAAUAUUUGUAGUGUAUCUGCCAAUUUCUCCUGGGUAGAGAUUGUAAUACUUUAUGUGGGUGCGUGCUGAAUGAAUGAGUGAUCCGACGGACACGAAGGACUGGUCGACCCCUUGUUGUUUAUCUCCAUACUGUAUGGAAGAGAGUAGCCUUACGUCACUGGUAAGACCACGCCCUCUUAUGGAUGAAAACAAAGCAGUUGUGUAUGUGUGCGGCUAACACUUAAUCACGAUGAUGCUAACGUUAGCUAAUGUCAGUCGUCAGAGUUGUUAGUUAUAAUGUUAAAAAUUCAAAAUGAAUGUUAAAAAGUAACCCAUUGUGUAAAGAGCCGUCCAAACGACGUCUUUUCCAGGUCGUUUUUGGACAUCUAAUAUAGGUCCCCCGAAGGUGCAGAUCGUGACACCAGAUGGCGUCUUUUUUCCUAUGUCUAUCAAACGGGGGUCUAAGGUCUAAUUAUAGUCCAAAUGCGGUCGCUCUAGAUGUCUUUUCUACAUCAAAUUUAAAUACAUUUCGGACAUCGGAUGCUAUAGAGCUUCAUUUGAUCGUCCCAGCGGCAGAUAACUGGAAAUGUAUACUAAUAUAUAAUGCACUUGCGUUUCAAACCUGCUGCUGAGCCAAACGAAGCUACAGGAAAAUUAACUGCUAUAGCAGGGGGUCAAACUCCUUUUAUUUCACAUAAAAAUCUAAUUUGAUCUGAAGAGGCCUGGACCAGUAACAUAAUAGUGUGUUAACCUAUAGAUAACGGCAGCUCCAAAUGAGUGCCUUUGUGCCAGUGCAUAACAUUAUGAAAGUGUUUACAUUUAAUAAACUGGACAUCUUUUAAGAAAACGUGCAAUUAGUUCUAGGUCUCCGUGUCGGUUGGAUGUCAUAUGGAUGUAAUAUUUGCACACUGUAAAUUCAUUCCGCAGGACCAGACCCCCUGCCAGGCUGCAUGUUUGACACCUGUGUGCUACAGGAAACUAGUCCACCCUGUGGAAACACAUGAACUUGGAGCAUUUACAAAUAAGUCUCCACUUAUCUAUUUUUUCAUCUUUAUUCUUGAACAAAUUAACAUGCUAAACUAAAAGUGUUGAGGUAAAAUCCAACCAACAUUAAUGAAAAAAUUGUGGCAAGAAACUUCACAGUGGCAUAAGAGUCCUGACUGCUGUGUAUCCGCCACCUCUUUGUGGUGGAUGGUUCAGAUGCUCUGAAGCACGCAUCUCAAUGAAGUCCAACGUAAAAAUAAAAAGACAAAUGAUUAGAAAUAUGCUAAAGCAAUCUGCAAAAUGUGUAAAAACGUUGCCACGUCAUCCACUAACAUUACUAGAUUAAUACCAAACCAUCUCAGCAAAGGUAAUGCGAUUGGAAUCGGAGUUUUCAUCGGAUAAUGCGUGUGCGAAUGCUCCACAACCACUGCGUUGCCGUGUGCCCUGGAACAAAAACAUCCAAGAAAGCCGAGCGCAGAAAAACAAGAAGAGAAACAGAGCCGCUAGAAGAACUGUCUGAGGGAUAGCGCGGAUCUUAUCUGCACUAGAAGUAGCGCGAACGUUACGUACAAGGUUAAAAAAUUAAAUAUUAUCCGUCUGGUUGUUGUUUGAAAUGCCGGUCCGCCGCAUGAACGACUCUUAUUUAAUAUAUCACGUAAUAGGUCAACCGGAAAUCGGGCCGUAUUAACGUGGUAAUAACCCGCUGAAAAGACACGUAUCGCCACCUAGUGUGGAAGAGGAAAGCAGUUAUUCGGUUUUCUUGCGCUAUAUGUAAACCGGGACAAGGACUGUAGUCAGAAAGUCGAAUUUUGAGCAUAGCUCGAUUUAGCUCUGCAUGUGAACGCACUGACUCUGAACUAAUAAUGAUAAUGACAACUCCGAUUUUAAUCGGAGUAACGUGUUUACAUGCACUUAAGUUCUCCUGUUAUAGUCCGAUUAAGGCAAUAAUUUUUUUUCAUAUGCAUGUAAACGCAGUUAGUGUCUUGCCCAAGGACACUAGAACCGCUAACCCUUCAGUUCUUGGACAACCCACUCGUCGUUUAGCACUGGCAAGGGUAGCAUUUUCUUUCAAAUUAUGUUGUUCUACUAUUGCUCAGAUUGUUGUUCCUAAAGAAAGAUUGUAGCUGUAAUGAGGUCUGCUACUUCUUAUUGUUUAAGUGCAUGUGUAUGACCAUCACUGGCCCUUCCUGUAAGCUAGUUCGUUGAUCUUUAUUGAGUGAGGUGACAGGUGUGGCAGGGAGGACAGUGCUACACCUCAGUGAAUAUUGGGGGGAUAAGAGAUAGACUGAGAGCAUGUGGAUGGAUGUACAGGGCUAGUGAGACAUGUGGUGUUGGUAAGAACUGGUGGAGUGAAAGAUCCUGAGCUUUCCUGUGCUUUCUAAUUCACCCUACUUUGUAUUAAGAACGGUUGCUGUGUAGAUCUCUGGAGAGAUGGGAGAGCCCAGGAGGGUAAAGGUUCCCCAAUAGAGGAGUUAAGUCAAAGAUAAGGAGGAGGGUGGGGGGAGAUUAGAGGACUGCCACACACUACUGUCCCGAAAGUCUUCCCCAAAGUAGAGCCCCCUGACCCAUCCUGGGGUUUUCCCUAAGGUGAGAUCAAUUAAAAAAUUGGGUGGGUAACUUCUCCUGAUUGCCUUGCUGGAUGAUGUUGUCAUCAGUUCUUUUCACCCCAGAUAGAUAUGUUGCCGGUUUGUUGAGCAUGUGUUCUGCUUCUUAUAUAAGAGCGUUAAAGGUGAAAUGAAAGUGUCUCACUCUCUAACCGAGCUGCUGAUUUGGGGCUCUCCUGAAAAUUUGAGCCUUUGCCAUGGAACCUAGCUGUAAGCUGGUGGCUGUUUAUGGGGGAGAAAAAAACAGGACCCCAUCUAUACAGAAACAAAUUCCUGUAAUUACAGUCCUAGUGGGUGAAGCCUUGUCUGGUUUCUCUGUGCCUGAGGUGGUUAGAAUAAUCCGGUUAAAGGAUGGACUGUCGGUCCUGGAGCUCUUCCAUGGAGCCACUUUAGCCUUUAAGGACUUAGCUAUGACCUGCACUGUGCGUUUUCUCAACUACUUCUUGCAAAAGGAGAACCGUAGAGCUACUGUUCUUGUAGGUACAUCAGGAGACACUGGUGGCUCAGCUAUACAGAGUGCAAAAGGUCUCAGUGGGUUGGAUGUGGUGGUUAUUUAUCCCAGAGGCCGCAUUACUCCAGUUCAAGAGAAACACAUGAUCUCCUGCCUGGAAGAUAAUGUCCAUGUUUUUGCAGCGGACGGCAGCUCAGAUGACAUUGACCAGCCCCUGCGCAGCCUCUUUGCCAACCAGGAGCUGGUCAAGUCUCACAGCCUCAUGAGCCUCAACUCAGUCAACUGGUCUAGAGUCAUGAUCCAGCUGGCCCACUUCAUCUAUGCUUACCUAGAGCUAAGUGGAAUGGAGCACACUGAGGCUAAUGCAGCCCUGCCCGAACUGGAAGUGGUGGUUCCCACUGGAGGGGCUGGAAACAUUGCCGCCGGCUACAUUGUAAAGGAGAUGGGAUUGCCCCUGAAACUGGUUGCCAUGGUAAAUUCUAAUGACAUAGUGCACAGGACAAUAACCACUGGGGACUUUUCUAUGGCAGAUAACAUCAAGCAAACUUUGGCCCCAGCGAUAGACAUUCAGGACCCAUACAACAUGGAGCGAGUGUUCUGGAUGCUACUGGGAAGAGACGGAGCUUUAGUGAAGAACAUGAUGGAGGAGUUCCAGAACAUCCAUAGAUAUUUCAUACCCGAAAACCACCGCAAACUGCUGUCACAAGUUCUUUCAACUGGUACAGUGACUGAUGAAGGUAUACUGGAAACAAUGAGGAGAUGCUGGAAGGAAAACCAGUAUGUGCUGUGUCCUCAUACGGCUGUGGCUGUAUGGCAUCAUUAUCACUGUCCUCCCAGCCCCAGGCUCAACAGGUGUUACAUUGCAACAGCAUCUCCAGCUAAGUUUCAGACAGCAGUUGAGAAAGCGGGCCUGACCUUUGAUCUACCUGACGAGGUGUUGGCCUUGGAAAAGUUGCCCACCCGUUACCAGAACCUGGAGCGGAGCGUGAACUGGCGCAAAGACUGGGAGUACAGAUUGAUAGAGUGCAUUCAGUCUGUGGCUGCAGCCAGGAAGAACAGAGGGGCAUAUUAUUUAUAAAAUGUCCUAUACGCUGUGUGAUUACGCUUCCAUAUAUGGGCAAGAUCAGAUGAUCAACAUUUUGUUUAUCCAUGCAAAUUUUUAAAAGGCUUGGUCUGAUGUGUCAUGUUGUGUUAUUUUGAUCAGUCCACCAUAUCUUACAAGCUGAUUGUACUAUUUGUUUUUAAUGAAAAAUAAAAUGUGCAAUGUUAUCUAGUAAUUCCAGAUGUCAAAUACUGUAGCUUAUGCUAAUGACAGUAUAAAAUGUCUGUUGUGAUUAAAGUCUGCAAUAUACAGGACAAUAUGAAUGUGCAUGGAAGUCUGAAUAUUGCAAUUACAACAAUAGGCAUUCUUUCCAAAUGACAAAGCUUAGACUAAGUGUAGUGCAGUGGAGGACAAAGAACUUUGUCACUUUGAACUAAAUGAUACAUUUUGCUAAUAAAAAAAGAACAUGCAUUUUCUAUGGAACAUGUACUUUAACAUAUACAGUUUUAAUGGCAGUGGGGAGGUAAUCUACAUCAAAGAAGCUGGCUAUACUAACCUAUUUACAAGCAAUGAUUUUGUGUGAGGCGAGACCUUUGUAUCUUUAUCAUAUAGAUAUAGAUAGUAGAAGAAAUUUAAAAUACUUAAGUACAGAUACAUAAAUGUAUAAAUAAAAUUCCAUUUACAACAUAA